CCAACGCCUUUCUAAUGCAAGGUUCCAGAUUGGAAGCACUUCCUCCAUCAGUUUGGUCCCAUACCAUACGUCACUUCACAGAUUCCUUAGCAGACGAAGAUGGCGGCUCUGGAACAGAGAGUAGACGGAGGUGUUGGAGCGCUGGAAUCUGGAUCAGUUUCCCCGAGACUCUCCACUCCGCCCCCGGACCACGCUCACCAGAACAACCCACUCCUGGGGCUCCCUAUCGUGGUCAUCGACACCAUUCUAAAUUGCCUCACUUAUGAUGAAACCAGUCUUCUCCGCCUGGUGUGUAAGCGGAUGGACGUGAUCUGCCAGCGAAUGCUAAACCAAGGAUUCCUGAGGGUGGAGCGGUACCACAACCUCUGCCAGAAACAGGUCAAAGCACAGCUGCCCAGGCGAGAAUCAGAGAGAAGAAACCACUCGCUUGCACGCCAUGCAGACAUACUGGCAGCUGUGGAAACACGCCUUUCCUUGCUCAACAUGACAUUCAUGAAAUAUGUUGACUCUAACCUGUGCUGCUUUAUCCCUGGAAAGGUGAUAGAUGAAAUUUACCGGGUGUUGCGCUACGUGAACUCGACACGGGCACCCCAGAGAGCUCACGAAGUGCUGCAGGAGCUGCGGGAUAUCUCCUCCAUGGCCAUGGAGUACUUUGAUGAGAAGAUUGUCCCCAUCCUCAAAAAGAAGCUCCCUGGGGCUGACAUGUCUGGCCGGCUGAUUGGCUCUCCUCCAGUGCCGGGCCCCUCCUCCUCCCUGACCACGAUGUCGCUCUUGGCCAAAAACACGCCGUCACGGUCGGAGAUGACGAAGCUGCAGCAGCAGGUGAAAGUGAACGGGGCGGCAGUGACGGCGUUGCGGCGUGAGAUCUCGGAGCUGCGGGUCAAGCAGCUGGAGCAGCAAAAACAGCUGCAGGACCAGGAGCAGAAGCUGCUGGAGCAGACCCAGGUGAUCGGCGAGCAGAACGCACGGCUGGCAGAGCUGGAGCGCAAACUGCGUGAACUGAUGGACAGUGCAGUGGAAGACAGCCCCGCCGGAACCAGCCUGGAGACACCCUGCAAGCGCAGCAGGAAGGCAGCAGACGGCCCCCGGCAAUCCAAACGCCUACGGAGCAAAAAAUAACCGAGGGCGGGGGGGGAUUCCACAGCAUUGCAGUAGCCAGCCGCCCCACCCCCCCCACCAGCCACAUACGCACCAACCCCCCUCCCCCUCCCCUUCCUCAACCACUCCAACACUCAAGGGUUUUGCCCCCCCACCCAGUGAUUGGGACUGCUAACCUACUAUAUCAAUUUAAAAGUGGCAAUAUGUCCUGACUUUGGACAGAGAAUAGGCAAGCCUGCACGUUAAAAGGAAAAGGGGCAAGUCCUGACUGAAAUUUAAAUUACUGUCCAAAGAAAGUUCUACUAUCCGGUGAGAGCCAUGUAAAGGUUUCUUUUGUUUGUUUUUUUUUAAAUGGCAGAGGUGGCCAACAGUAAUUCAGAUCUGGUGGUUUGGCAUCACACUGCAAGGUAACUGUGUAGAAAGGUGGAAUGUUUAGGUUCUACUAGUGGAUUUUCUUGGUUGCCAGAACAGUUAGCUGCAAUAAAAAUGUAUAACUUUUUUGUUGUUGUUGUUGUUGUUAUUAUUAUUAUUAUUAUUAUUAUUAUUAUUAUUUAUUUUUUAUUUUUUUUGUGUGUGGGGGGUGGGUAGGUUACUUUAAGGGAGUUAAAGAAAUGCCAUUUGCUUUGGUAGAUCGGGGCAGUUAAAUGAACGCUCAAGUCAGCAAUUUUAAUUAAGCAAACUACUGAUGGGGAAUUGCUGUUUAAUUUGUGAGCUGACAAUUAAAAGUAUUCAAACUUUAAUUUCAACAGCACCUGGCAAACCUUUUUUUCAGGCUUAUUUUUGCUAGUUCAUCAAAUGCAUAUUCGCUUCAGAUUGUAAUGGAAAAGUUAUAUAGAAGGAAGUUAGACAGUGAAGGACGCAACAUAUCUAUUGACGCAACAUAUCUAUCGAUCAACAUAUCGAUUAUUGGCUUUUUGUAACCAAUACUUUGAAAAGUGGACUUGCAAUUGUGCAUCUACAAAGCUGUUUUAGUGGGGUAGGGGUGGGUCAUACAUUAACCAUGCAUGGUAAGGUGCAGAGCUAGUGCCUGUAGGCCAUGUUUUCCAAUAUAAUUACGAUACAAAUGAUAACUGAUUAUACAUAGGGUGAAUUAAAAGAAAAAAAAAAACCGCUAUGCUGCAAAUCUAGUUAUAUAAUGUUAAAUUGGGAACAUAUCGGUAUAUGAAUUGGCACUGCCUUGAGUUUGCAAAUAAUACCUAUAAUCCAGGUAUUUCUGUCUUGUUGGAUUAUUUAUAAGUGUUGGUUGGGGCUAUACUGUGGCUGUUAUGUUUACUUUGGUUUUAAGCUGGUAAAUGUUAUCUAACAUUGAUUUGCAUGUUACAAAAUACAUAUAUUUUUAACCCCAGUCACAUGUUGCAAUUUAAUUUAUAUAUAUAUAUAUAUAUAUAUAUAUAUAUAUAUAUAUAUAUAUAUAUAUAUAAUGAGCUUCCCAACCCUGGUCCUGAGGACCCCAUGUGUUGUCUGGUUUUCAUUACAACUAAGCUCUAUAACUUAACUGGACCCUUAAUUUAACUAAUAGUUUGCUUAAUUAGACCUUUUUAAUUGUUCUCAGCUCUUAGAAAGUUGCAGAGUUCAAGUUCUUUAUAAAAUGUAUAGCUAACUUGAAAUCUGCAACUGUUUAAGAGCUAAAAACAGGUAAAAAGGUAUAAUUAAGCACACUAUUAGUUUAAUUAAUGGUUUAGUUAAUUGAGAGCUCAGCUGGAAUGAAAAAUAGAAGACAAAUGGACCAGGGUUGGGAAGCCCUGCUGCAAGACAUGUGGGAGAGUGGAGCAGCUGCAAGUUCAGUGCCUGCUCCUGCUUUCAGCCCCUGCCCACCUAACCUGUGCAAAUACUUCAGCUCACAGUUGCCCUCUUAGGGCAUUUUUAAUUGUGUAUGUUUCUAUUAUUAUUAUUAUUAUUAUUAUUUUUUUUUUUAUAUAUAUAUUUUUUUAUAUAGCAGUUGCCUGCAGCUCUGAUGUUACCAAGCUCUUCUAACUUGUAUACAACUACCCCUGACCUCUCUGCUGGUUAGAAGCAAUUUUUGGAAGGCCAAACAGACAAACUGUACCCAGUACUUUGAUCUAAGGGCAAAAUGAGGUAUAGGGAAAUCUGUAAGUGGACAAGAUAGACACAUGUAGAGUGUGGCUGAACAUCUGGAAACUAGAGCUUGUGGCUUAAUGUAAGAGACAGUGUCACCUGUUUAGAAAUGACUGUACUGUAAUCUAUAUGUAUUAAGAGUUUAGAUUGUGAAAUAUUACAUGUAUUGUAAGAAGGAAGAAAAAAAUCAAAUCUUGUAAGUUACCUAAUGUUUUGGUUAACCAAUGGUUUGUUGCACACAUUGUUAAAUUCAUUACAAUAUUAAAAGAGGUAUUAACAUUACCUUUAAAGAAAAUUAGAAAA